AUGGAUCCUUCAACACCCUAUUGUGGCGAGCUGGCCUCACCAGGCGUCUUUCAACCUGUGCUUUCUGUCUUAAUCGUCAUCGGGAUUCUCAUCUCCUACCUACCCCAGCACAUCCGCAUCAUCUCACGUCGAAGCUCCUUCGGUAUAUCCCCAUAUUUUGUCCUCCUUGGGACUACGUCUGGCACCUCUGCCUUUGCAAACAUCCUGGUCUUUCCCAAGACCGCCCAAGAUGUUUCCUGCUGCCAGGAGAUUAGUGGUUUAGCAUGUUUUGCUAGCCUCCUAGGCGUGCUCCAGAUGGGCACACAGUGGCUCUGCUUCUUUUCCAUCCUGCUCCUAUUCGUUAUCUACUUCCCGCGCGCCACGUCGCCUACCGACCCCGUUGCCUCAGUGUCCUCCUCCCCACGCGGCUCUACAUAUCGGACUGCGCUGGCCAUCACCGCAAUCUGUCUUCUACAUGCGCUAGCUACGAUUAUCAUCUCUGUUGCCUUCGCUAUUCGACAGCCAACAGCUCUCCACGCUUGGGCCAACUUCCUCGGCAUCCUUGCCGCCAUCCUAGCCUCAAUCCAAUAUUUCCCCCAGAUCUAUACCACUUUUCGCCUCCGCUGCGUGGGUAGCCUCAGCAUCCCCAUGAUGUGCAUACAGACCCCGGGGAGCUUGGUCUGGGCGGCGAGCUUGGCUGCUCGCGAAGGCAUAAAGGGCUGGAGUAUCUGGGGUGUGCUUGUAGUCACGGCUUGUUUGCAAGGGACGCUGCUGGCGAUGGCGAUCUACUUCGAAUACCUCGGACCAAACAGCAAACAGAAACCCGACUACCGGGCAGAUGAGAACGGCACGGUCAAUGGGAAUGCGGCCGAAGGCACAGAGAGACCCGAGACACCGGCACGGAAUCCGGCGCAUACAGACCAACCCUCGGAGGCAACUCCGCUGUUGCAAAGCCAGUAA